AUGCUGCUGCGAUGCCAGCGCCGCGCGCGACAGUCUGCAACUUCUCCCUCGACGCGACGACGUUCCGAUGAUAGCAACAGCAGACAUAAUGAAGCGGGGAAAUGCCAGCGUUCGCUGUUACCGAAACCCUUGAAAGACGCGGUUGAUACAGACUCACACAGGGCGGGCACAGCGGUGCGUAAUCCGCUGAGUUCUGAACCUAUCGCGCCGACGCAGCCCCUCCGCUUGAAUCCCGCGCAAUCCGCAGCCUUCGCUGAAAUUCAGAAGGCACUGGCAUCACACACUACGGAAUUCAUCUCGGACAACGAAACUAAACAUCCGUUGACUUUUUUACUACACGGGGUAACCGGGAGUGGGAAAACUGAAGUCUACAUGCAGGCGAUGGCAGAAGUUCUUGAGAAUGGGAAGUCUGUCAUUGCUUUGGUCCCAGAGAUUUCGCUCACACCGCAGACGGCUUCGCGAUUUGUGGGGCGAUUUGGAGAUCGCGUCGCGUUGCUGCAUAGCCGAUUGAGUGAUGGCGAACGCUAUGACCAGUGGCAUCGCAUCCAAAAAGGGGAAGCCGAUAUUGUUAUCGGACCGCGUUCUGCUAUUUUUGCCCCCGUCCAAAAACUUGGGAUGCUGAUUAUAGACGAGGAGCAUUCGGAUUCCUAUAAAUCGGAGACUGCCCCGCGCUACCAUGCACGGGAAGUCGCACAGAAACGGAGCGACCUCGCAAACUGCCUCGUUCUGCUGGGAAGUGCUACACCGUCGCUUGAAAGUUUCCAUCAGGGCGCGAAACGGGAGUUAUCGGCUCCUAAACCUCCCCGACCGUGUUUUUGA